AGAAGCCUGUGAUAUUGACUGUCACACGCCUUCGGCUCUGCUUGGAGUGUGGACGUCGAUACUUUUAUGGUCUGUCGGUCUCUUACUUUCCAACGCACUUUAUUGUAAACAGUGAAUAUAAGCUAUAUCGGACUGCCUGGUGUUUAGCGAAGGCGUGGUAGAGUAGCCGCGUCCGCGGCAUAGCGAGCUCGCAGAGGAAUUCGCUUUGUCUUUCUCUCUCCCGUCCACAACGUCCUUUAGACAUUGACAUUUAAAAUGGACAAUUCAGAAAAGGGAAAUAAAUCUGAUGAGGAUUCGGAAUCACCAGAAGAGGAGGAAGUGGAUCCCCGAAUUCAGGGUGAAUUAGAAAAACUGAACCAGUCCACAGACAACAUCAACAGAUGGGAAACUGAGUUGGAGGAUUCACGGCAGAAGUUCCGUGCGGUGCUGGUGGAGGCCACCAUGAAGCUUGACGAGCAGGUGAAGAAGAUCGGCAAAGCUGUGGAGGAGUCCAAACCUUACUGGGAGGCCCGACGCAUGGCCAGACAGGCCCAGGUGGAGGCCCAGAAGGCGACUCAGGACUUCCAGCGUGCCAUUGAGAUCCUGCGGGCGGCCAAGGAAACCAUCGCCCUGGCGGAGGAGAGGCUGCUGGAGGAGGACAGCCGGCAGUUCGACUCCGCGUGGCAGGAGAUGCUCAACCACGCCACGCAGAGGGUGAUGGAGGCGGAGCAGGCGAGGACGCGUAGCGAACUGGCGCAUCGGGAGACGGCAGCCAAAUACACGGCCGCCAUCAGCCACAUGAAGCAACUGGAGAAGAAGCUGAAACGCACCAUCAACAAGUCCAGGCCAUAUUUUGAAUUGAAGGCGAAGUAUUACCUUCAGUUGGAGCAACUGAAGAAGCAGGUGGACGAAAGGCAGACUAAGCUCACCCAGGCCAAGACAGAGUACCGCACGGCGCUCCGUAACCUGGAAACCAUUUCUGAUGAGAUCCACGCCCGGCGACGGCUGUCCUCCAUUGGGCCAAGGGGCCGCGGCGUGGGGGCAGAGGGAGACGUGACUGGAGAUGACAUCACUAACUUUAAAAUGGAGUCCGACGGCAUUUCCAUGAUGUCGGAGACGUUUGAGGAGGAAGGCAGCAACGAGGCGUCUUCAGAGGAGGAGGCCGAGAGCCAGUCCACCUGUAGCCACAGCAGCAGCUCCUGCCCCAACACCCCGCUGGAGCUGCCCCGGCCUGGGCCCCGACCUCACCCCUUCUCCCCCACCGCCACAACCUGCACCUCCUCCUCCUCCCCCACCACCUCUUCCUCUUGUCCUCACCCGCUCUCCUCCUCCUGCCCCUACCCGUCCUCCUCGUCCUCCUCUUCCUCGCUGUCGUCUGCGUGCCCGGGGGGUCUGGAGCUGCCGCACUCGGGUUCUCUGGAGGGGCUGGGCCAGGUGUCCCCCGUGCUGGGGCCCAGGAGCGAGUGCAGCGGGGCGUCCUCACCAGAGUGCGACCAAGAGAGAGGUGACCGGGCGGAGGGUGUUGAAGGGAAGCCGGAGCCCUCCAUGGUCUCACAGAGUCCCCACCCCCUCCAGAAGAGCUCCCUACUGGAGGAGAGGCUGAAGAAACUGUCCCUGGAAAGCGCGGGGACGACGACGACGACGACAACUUCGACGUCGGCAACAGACUCGGACUCUGGCUCUGAUCCCUUCACUGUGAGCCCUGACCCCACACCAAUAGCAGCCACCCCGACCCUGUGCAUGGUCAACGGUGUCUGAACACCCCCACACCCCCACCAAGAGGUCAAAAGGACUUCGCCUCACCUCACUUCACCCCCCACUACCACAGCCCAUGACCCAACACCAACACCAGUUCCACUGCCCCCGUGUAUGCUGAUCAAGGUCUGAAGGGAGCACCCCACCCCCAAAAUGAGAGUCCAGAGGAGCUCACCUCACCUCAGCUCACAUCACCUCCCAUUCGUUGUUCAACACUACCAACACCCCCCCCCCCCCAACCCAUCUGUCCCUGUGUGUGGUGAACAGGGUCUGAGAGAACCCCCAACCCCCCACACCAAAAACAGAGAAGGCCUCUCGACCCCAACCUCCCCUUCCUCUGCCCAACACUACCCCCACCCCCCAAAACCAAGACUUCAAAAGGACGUCACUCUCCGACCUCAUCUAUACUCUCCUGCCCAACACUGCCAUACCCUGUUACCCAACACCAGCCCAAUCUCUGGAUGUGCUAAAAUCAAGAGGACCAUCAUGUCACCUGCCCACCACUGCCCAAACACUACCACACCACCCCCAUGUCCCCGCACCAGCCCCUCCUGUGUGUGCGCUGAAGGAAUUUUGUGAGCACACCUUUGUCACCCCCAACACUUCCAUUCUACACCCCCCUUGAACAAAAGGACAAGAUCAUAGACAUAUACAGUACACUACAUGGAUGCCACAUUGAUUAUAUCAGGGUAUACGGCGCCACCAUCUUGGUACAGUAGCCACGAAUGGGUGCCAUCUCUUCAGCAGUGAAUGGUUGAUGAGACCUUCUAAAAGGAGCACUGUGGUAGUCCACAUUAGUUGUGUUAUUCACUGUCACAAAAAGUGUUCCCUCAGAAAGUACUGUUCUAGUAUUGCCGUCCUUUUAGCGCAUUGUUUUGGCAGCACUGUCAACCAAUGCAGCAGCAUCCGUGUAAUAAAUGUCUAUGGACAAGAGAAGCUUCCUCCUCCAAAACAAAUAAGAAGGUGAACAAGACCUCCAGAAGAUCUUGCUCUGCACCCCCACCCCACCCCACCCCACCUAGAGGGUGAGAGGACCUCACCACACCUCCAUCCCCUCCAUCCUCUGACCCCACAUCCAUGUCACACAUGUGUCUAUAGUCAGGGUGCGAAGAAAACCAAGAAGGGGGAUAUGUUUCAGAAUUUAAGCAAUAUCAAUGAACUUACAUUAAACUGUAAUCAAAAUCAUGACAAAAAAGUGCCAAUAUCAAAACCAGAAGAGGGGAUAAUCCCCCGCAUCACCCCAUACAAAUCGCAUAUCUAUAAUCGCUGUCUAUAGUGAACAACAGAACCUCAACCCCUCCCCUCCCCCUCCCCUCCUCACAUCCUGCCCAGCACUACCCAGCCAUGUGCCAUAGAUGAUCUUUGUGUUGUGCUCGUCCCCCUGUCCCCCUGUGUGAGGUGGGACUGUGACUGUGUGACUGUUAGCCUGUCCCUCUCUGUACGUAGUAGCUCUGAAGUGUUCUGCCUCUAUGAUGGUUGGAAGAUGACGCGCACGGCACGAAUGCCAAUGGACAGUAUUAAAGACUUGCUGAUGUGACAAAACGUGCAAGGAAGGACGGAUGUGUGACAUCCAGGAUAUGAUAUAACACACACACACACACACACACACACACACACACACACGCACGCACGC